AUGGUCAGUGUGAUCUUGGCAGACUGUGCAAGGAAUACGACCAAGGUUACCAAGGUCAGGGAGCCCCUCGCUUUCAAGGCAUCCACGCCAAGCUCGGAGAAACAAAUGGGAAGCCAAGGGGCCAACGAGAGGUCGGGCCGGCGGCCUCUGGCUCUCACCAACAUCUGUGCGCUUCUGCCAGACCCUCCGGCCCUUGCGUUCUACUUGGGAGAGGUGUCAUUACAUAAUCCCUGCUCCACGGACUCACUAGGGCUCGGGCUGUCCCACGUCUCACUGAGACACCACCCUCGAGGAGGUCGGCUGACUGCAGACCCUGCGGGUGGCACGCGUCCCCUCGCUCUGCGCUGCCCGCAGUCCCUGACUCAGCGCGGCGACCCCGACCCAGGCUCGCUCCCCUCUCCCACGUCCACUCGCGCGCUCCGAAGCCCGUCUCUGGGUCCUCCUCACACCCGCCGUCCCGGCCCCUCCCGGGGGUCUCUCCCACCUGCUGUCACCACUCCCGGGCCCGGCGUCGCCACCGCCGCUUCCUCUCGCACACUUGUUCCCGAGUCGCUCUUCUGCCGCUCGUCCCCCGGAGGAUCCCCGGGUCGCGCCGCUCAGUGCCGGGUACGGCCGCGCGGACCUCCGCCCGCGGUCUCGGUGUCUGGUCCCACUCUUGUCACGCAGGACCCCGCCGCCGUCGCCGCCGGGCGCCACACGGACCCUCCCGCGGCUGCCGCUGCUGCUGUCCGAGGUGCGGCUCCUGCCAGGGGUGGCCAAUCGCACCCGACUGCGCAGAGCGCGCUCCGCCCCGCGGUCUCAGUCCGCCCGCCCCCUGCCCCCGACCACGCCCCCAGCUUGGCUCCGAUAGGCUCUCUACUGACCUCCCCUGACCGCGGGGCCCAGGUCGCAGAGGACCCUCGCUUUAGGUUUGGCUCCUUGCGCCGCCUGGCGGCUACUUCUGGAAACAGAGCGCCUUCCAGCUUCGGGGUCCUGUCUGCGGCAGGCCUGUCCAAGGAUUUGCCUAAUUCUAGAGAACUUGUCUCCGCCCCUCCCCACUACCCAGUGAGGAUUUUAGGACGGCGAUGA